GAGAGUCGUCUCCCACCAGUCCAUUUUCCUCAUCCAAACCUUCCCUUGCAGUAUCAGCACUAAUACCUCUCCUACCUCAAUUUCGCAGCUCACUCCGUGGCUCGUCUACGUCGGCCACUUCGUCGACCACAUCAAGCUUGCCGUCUCCAUGGCGCUCUUCUACCUUGGCCUCAGCUCCUCCUGCGAGGACUACUUCGUCUACCCGCUGCAGCUCGCCGUCUCCAUGGCCCUCUUCUACCUCGGCCUCAGCUCCUCCUACGAGGACUACUUCAUCUUCCCGCUGCAGCUCGCCGACCUGCCCUCCUCCCUGCCUCUUCUAUUAACCCCGCCUUCCGUCAUCAAGGCCAGCCUCCCCGUCGUGAGGUUCUCCAGCCUCGGGACGAGCUCGCUCCAAGGAGGAGACGACGCCAUCUGCGCGGUGUGCCUGGGGCGCCUGGAAGCGAGGCACGAGGUCAGGGAGCUCGGCAACUGCCCUCACGUCUUCCACAAGAGGUGCAUCGAUAAGUGGGUGGACAUCGGGCAGGUCACCUGCCCACUGUGCCGAGCUCAGCUGCUGCCCAUGGGAAGGGACGAGGAGGAUCGAUGGAUUGGCUGCUGAUCCCUCAGCAUCAUGAAGCACUUUCCGGACGUGGUAAUUCGACUCACCGGUGAAGCUAUCAUUUGCUCUCUACUUGGCUGUUCAAAUAAUGGUGUAAUUAAUUGUACAUGGAAAGAAAAAAGGAAAAAAAAAAAGGUUGAUAAUAGUCGGAUUGGCGAAAGGCAGUAAGUAACAAAGAGAUGUUGGUGGUUAACUUUGGCCUCACUCCAAACUGUUCUUCUAGCUCUCGUCUUCUUCAUCAUGUUGUAGUCAUGGUUUGGGUCUCAAACUAUAUUACUUUCCAGUUUCAUUCAGGAGGGGAAGAAGUGAAUAAAAAGAAGGAAAGGGCUAUUUGUUCUUUUCA